AGUUUAGAGAUGGACAAAUAUUUGGCUGCAACGACUAAAAAGGUUAGCAAUCACAUAUAUGAUGAUGUUGCUUUUGUUAUUCUCUCAAAAUUACCUCUCAAAUCUUUGUUUCGAUUUUGUUGUGUACGUAAAUCAUGGUCUGUCUUGUUUCAAAAUUCUUAUUUCAUGGACAUGUUUCGAAGAAAUUUCUUGUCUAAGGAUCAUCCUUAUUAUAACGAUACAUCUCUCCUCUUAGAUCAUAGUGCACCGUGGGAUAACGGCUACAAACCGUCUGUGUUGUAUUCUCUCUUUGGUGAGAGGUUUGAGAAUACAGUUAAGAUAGAUUGGCCAAAUCCAUAUCAAGUUCCACAUUAUUUUAGAAUUUAUGGUUCUGUUAGUGUUAAUGGCAUUUUUUGUAUUGAAGACAAUGGGAGAGUCGGGAGUUUUGGGCAAAGUCGUAGUGUUACAGAAUUAGGGAGAAUCGUACUGUGGAAUCCAGCUACCGAUGAAUGCAAAGUCAUUCCUCCUAGUCCUUUUGCCUUUGAAUCUCCUUGUUGGGAUCCGUUAAUUGAAUUUCAUGGAUUUGGUUAUUGCCAAGGUAGCGAUGACUAUAAGGUGAUUCGACAUUUAACAUUUUUUCCUUUAUCCGACGGAGAUUGGGAAGAGACGUGGAAAGAUGGAUAUCAUGAUUCCUUGUGGGAGAUAUAUUGUCUAAAAAUUAACCGUUGGAGAAAAUUUGAUUUAGAUAUGCCUACACAACGUAUUGGGGGUGCGGGUGUGUACACGGAUGGAGUGUGUCACUGGUGGGGUGAAAGUGAAAUUGAUGAUGAAGUUUAUUUGGUGUCAUUUGACUUGAACAAUGAGACCUUUGUGAAAACAUCCAUACCUUCAAAUAUGGAUUAUAUUGAUUCUGCAAUCGUGUUUAGACAUUUAAACAUGUUAAAUGGAUCAAUUGGAUUUAUUUCAAAUUACGCAGAGACAAGUACUUUUCAUAUAUCAAUUUUGGGUGAAGUUGGAAUCAAGGAGUCAUGGAUCAAACUCUUUAUUGUGGGUCCUUUGCCCUGCGUUGAACAUCCGAUUGGAAUUGGUAAGAAAGGCGAUAUAUUCUUUAGGAAAAAAGAUAAUGAACUAGUAUGGUUUAAUUUAAACACCCAGAAAAUUGAAGAGCUUGGUCUUAAGGGUGGCAGCUUUUCUUGCCGGAUAUUGAUUUAUAAGGAAAGUUUUCUACCAUUUGAAAGAAAAGAAUAAACAAUUAGUUUUGUUGUUUUAUUUUUAUUUUUUGC